GAUUUUUAUCAUUUUCAUUUUUCCCAUACAACUCGAUUCCACCCUAGUGGUCCACCAAAUGCGCUGCCCCUCCUCCCACAGAUACACAAUCAACCUUCACACCUGUUACGUUAGAACACAAUCGACCAAUUUAAAGGUUACAGUUCAACGUCCUAACCCUUGUAACUGUAAUUGAAGCCUCACUACACAACUUUUGCAAAGAUAAAAAAUAAACGUUGACGGUAUCUAAAAUUACCAAUUUGCUCAAGUUGGGAUCGUUACGCCAAAGUUCUCGCAAGUCCAUGAAACGUUAAAGUACCCUAUAACUUGGCAAUUUCAACGGUAAACGCUUGUUUUUUUCGUCAAUCUCCCGUAACAACCGGAGAGCCGGAAUAUUUCCCACCCUCCGCCGAGUUCAGCCCAGCGAUAAUUGAUAUCAAUCUCGAGACUUGAUUGCGGCGGAACGUUAUGAAUAUCUCGUGCCUUAGAUGAACCUCGUCCAGUAUUGUAGCAACUUCGGAUUCGGAUUGAUUUGGAGAUCUAGUACAGAGCGGUUUUUGCGAAAUGUUGACGGUUCUCCUCGUGGCCAUGGGGAUUCUGGUCUGCACGUGGUAUUACUUCUUUAGAAGAUCGCGAAGGCGUUUGUAUGAGCUGGCCGCCAAAAUUCCAGGUCCGUUUGAUUGGCCGUUGAUUGGAAGCAUUCACAUCGGAAUCGGUCGCGGUCCGACGACUAUCCUGCCGUAUUUCCUGCAAUUCCUGCACGUCGUACCAACGCCCAUGCGGGCCUGGUUUGGUCCGCUUCUGAUAGUGGUGAUCGACAAUCCGGAACACCUUGCGGUGAUCCUCAACUCGCAGGACUGCGUGAAACGAUCGUACGUGUACCGGUUCUUGGGAUUCGAGAAGGGUCUCUUCAAUGCGCCGCCGGAUUUGUGGCGCAAACAGCGCAAGCUGCUGAACCCUUCGUUCUCGAACGCGGUCGUCAAACGGUUUGUGCCCACGUUCAACGCAAAAGCCGACAAGCUGGCGGAGAGUUUGCUGGCGCUAGCCGGUACCGGACAGUUCAACAUGGUCGAGAAGGCCGGCGAAUACACCGUCAGCACCACGAUGGUCAACUCGCUCGGGUUGGAUUUGGACGAGGACAACAGUGACUACAAGAAGCGCUACCUGGAGAAUGCCGACAAGAUGCAAACACUCAAAUUCACACGCAUUUACAAGGCGUGGCUACACCCUGACUUUAUCUACAAGCUGACGCCCAGCUAUCGCGAAGAGAUGAAACGAGUUCAGAUGUUCCAGGAAAUGUCACGAAAGACGCUCGAGCUGCGGAAAGCGGACAGGCUGAAGAAAUCCAUCCAAAAGUGCAACAUCUACCGCGAUGAGGACAACGUUCGCCACGUGCCACUGUUCAUAGACCGGCUGGAAGCGAUCGCCUCAGAGUCGGAUUUCUUCGACGAAGAGUGCAUCAUCGAGAAUCUGGACACGGUGAUCUUCGCCAGCAACGACACUUCGGCUUGCGCCAUAUCCACGGCGCUGCUUCUGCUGGCCAUGCAUCCCGAUGUUCAGGAACGGCUCUACCAGGAAGUGAUCGACGCCGCACCAAACGAUUACAUCGACUACGAAGAUCUCGCCAAGCUGGUCUACCUGGAGAUGGUCAUCAAGGAAUCGAUGCGAAUCCUCCCGGUAGUGCCAGUCUUUGCCCGCGAGUGCGAAAAAGAAAUUCAGGUCGGCCAGUAUACGAUACCAGCCGGCGCCCAGAUCAUGAUCCCGACCAUCAAAGUGCACCGGGAUCGUAAGAUUUGGGGUGAUCGCUCGGAAGAAUUCGACCCAGAAAACUUUUCCCCGGAGAACUGUGCCAAGCGGCACCCGUUCGCGUUCCUGCCCUUCACCGGUGGAGUUCGGAGCUGUACCGGCGCCAAGUACGCCUACAUCUCGCUCAAGAUUGUGCUGGCCAAGCUCGUAAAACGGUACCGACUGUCCACCGAGCUGCGGUUGGUCGACCUUAAGUUUCAUGCCUCGAUCGUGAUGCGGAUCGGCAACGGGUACAUGAUCAGCAUAGAACGGAGGGAUGGGAAAAAAGCUUCGUAGCACGGAGGGAAGGAGGCUGGUUUGCAGGUGGUAAUUAGAUCGACUCUGAUGGGAGUAAUUGCAUACGCUGCUAUUAAAUAGUUAGACUGUGCUGCACUGAAACAUGCAAAUGUUAAUCAAGAGAGCAAAUAAAACAUUUAUUUCGUUGUGCUAGGUGUAAUUAAAGUAAGGGAGUGUUAUACAUUUUACAGUUAAAUUUGUAUACACCUACGUUGUGUGAAAUAUCACAAUUAUAUCCGUCAAAUCUAGACAGUUAGGAAUCAUAACUUUUACCACAACCCCGUCGUGGGCUUAUCGAUGAUUUUAAUCUUUUCAGAAUUCAUGCAGUCUAGACAGAGCUCAUUGGGAGCA